AUGGGAACUCAAGUCACUUACAAUGAUGGACAGGAAGGCGCGCGGAGAAAUUUCCACUGGAUCGUCGGCGGCCAUGACAUCCUCAAGCACAAAUCAAGCAUCAUCGUUAGAGUGCCCAACACCAUCUCAUUCCAGAUUAUGGUUCCAUUCUACAACCCGCAGUCUCCCGAGUACGUCGCCAAGAUCAACAGAUUCAAACAGGGCACUGCCACGGCUGAGGGACUCCUGAACGACCUCGGCCUUUCCUUUCCGCCAACAAGACGUGACACUGGUGCCAACACACCAGGCACCGGAGAUAUCCACCUGCAAAAGAAGCUCGGUGAAGGGUCUUUUGGCGUUGUGACACACUUGUGGAACGUCAGCACCGGAUACGAGCAUGUGGUAAAGGCGCCUUCUGCGAAAGCCAUUCGAAAGCAGAAAUUCAACACUUUCUUGACUCCGCAUCCUCAAUUGCAUAUGGAAUAUGUGCCAUGCGGGCCUCUAGGCGACCUUGAAGAUGUAUUAUACAAUGAGACUUGGAUGAUCCUCCGUCAAUGCUUGUCAGCCCUGUCUUACCUACAUGGGAACCACACGCCGAUCGCGCAUCGAGACAUCAAACCGGCCAACAUUCUUGUCCAGUUCCGAGAAGCCGGCGACAUCUACGUCAAGUUGGGAGACUUCGGGCUAUCACGGGACGGGGCCGAGUUGAUGACGCUCUGCGGAACUCGAAGGUACCUUGCACCUGAGGUAUAUUCAGAGGCAGGACGUCAUUCCAGAAAGGAAAACAGACUGGGCUACAUCGCGGCUGUCGAUAUCUGGUCCCUCGGUGUGGUGGCGUACGAGCUGAUAUAUGGCUUGCCACCAUACAAGAGGAAGUAUGACAAUGACGGGGUUUUGUGGUGUGAAAAGAUUUCCAUAGAACUCCAGAAGAAUGUCGGAAAGCAGUCGAAUGAACUCGGACAAUUCCUAGCAGAUGCUAUGGUGGUUCUUGAUACAGAGUCACGGUUUUCUGCUGCUAACUGUUAUAAACAAGUGGAGUACUUACUUGCAACCGAGAACGGGUCCUUUCAGAGUCACACGUCGACCCCAGCUUCACACUACCCGGACGAGGGCCAGACGACGUUCAGGAACGCUCUGCCGAAUUAUGGGUCUGGGGAUCCAACCCUUAUGGUUUAUCAGCCAAUGUCUCACAUGGAGACGAACACAUCAUCGCAUUUUACCAGAUCAGGAGCACCACCUCCUGGUUUGCCUUCAUCCUUGGUAGUGAUGACCCAACAGUACGAAGAACCAUCCUCAUCAGCGAUCAGGGGAAAUUUCAAUCAGCAGGAAGGCCAUGACCAAUACGUACAAGGCUCUUCAUCGCAGUGGAAUCCGUCCACGGCCUGGGCCCGGGCUGCAGGUUCGGAGACUGGUAGGGACGCGGGACCCUCAAGAUCAAGUGUCCCCCGCGAUGAGGAGGCAGGAAGGCACGCUGCAGGUGGAACCGGCGUAAUCAAAGGACGCAAUGCAAUCGGCGCGGAUGACUACGCAGAAAUGGCAGCGGCGGCAUUCUUGCUUCAGGCCCUUGGCCAGGGGUCAUAG